GAGUGGGAGGUGCAGGGAUUAAUAGGGCCUAGCAGCCUUCAACAGUUUCAUAGUUGUCCCUUUCUCUCACAGGACAUCCGGCUCCAAGCAAGGAAGCUUUUUUCCCCUGCUAUGGCAACAGUUUUGUUCCUGUCCUUAAUGUCUGUUUGGGCUUGCUGCUGGGGCAACUGAGCUACCACAGUGUCGCUCUACUAGGUGGAACACUGUGAAAUCUGUCUGACCAUAGUCAGAAAAGACUGGUGCAAUGCAAUCCUGAGUACGUUUAUUCAGCAAUGAGUCCCACUGAGUUCAAAAUAUUUAUUUCCAAAUGUGCUGAUCUGUUAACCUACAAAGUACUUCCUUGGGGGAAUGUGUUCCUGUAAUGCUCAUGGAAGCCUUCACAUCUUUUUUCAAGAUUCAGAGGCUUCAGCCAUUGAAAUUCACCUACAGGAAACUUUCAAAAGGUGAAAAUGAAAAAUCCAGCCCUCUAGAUCAAGGCCAGUCUUUUCCCAGGUCAGACAUGGAGAACCUCACUCACUCAUUAUUGGAUCUGUUCUUAGUGAAAGCAACAAGGGAUGUGUGUCCUAAUGUGGUCAAAAUUGGUGUGAAUGAUUUUUCCAAUGACUACCUCAACAAGGCUGCUAUUUUCAAUAGCAUGGAUGAAAUAGUGACUGAAGUGGCCCAUGCAGCUUUACCCAAACUAAUCCAAGAGGCACAGCAAGAACUGGAGCAGGAGGAAAUGCUUGAUGGGAUCAUCUUAUGUGUUGUUGAGGAGGAAGUCAAAGCCAUAAUCCAGUCUGUCCUUAAUGAAUGUCUUGCUGAAAUGUUUAAGCCGCAGCAGCAGGAGGUUGCUGCGUUUGCUGCUAAACAACUUAUUGACAUAUUUCUCCUGGAACGUGUGAUAGGGAAGAUGAGUUUGCAGGGCCCAAGGUUUUCUGGGAAGGAGCACUCAAGCAUGAUUUUAGAUAAUUUGAUUUUCGAUAUUCUUCUCAGGCAGUUCUUUAGCAUUCAGCAGCAGCAGCGAGUUUCCUCCGAAAACAUUCCCCUGGGAGAUUUCCAUCUGAAAGCUUUUACCAAUGUGGCUUUAGAUGUUAUCUUGACAGAGCUGAAUAAAGUGGCGGACGAGGACAUGGAAGAUCUGCUGGAAUAUGAAACGAAAGCUCAGUGUGCAGUUACCAUCGUUCCCUUGCAUCAGGAAAGGACAGAAGGUAAGGCCUCUUGCACCAGGCCCAACACCCAAUCUGUAGGCUCCAUACUCCCUGUCAAUCCCAGGGAGUGAUGCUGUACCCCUGUUCCUUCCUGUGCCUUAAUAGGUUUGUGAGGUCUGAGCAUACUGUAGAUUGUCCCACGCAGCUUUCUGCAUGAGACCACAGCUUUGGGCUAUUCAGCUUUUGUUGAGCCCUGUACUUACUAUGCCAUGUUUAAUGCAGAUGCCAAAUACUCUCAUCUAUAAAUGACUGAAGACACAUGAGCCUUUUACUCUAUUACAUCUGCUUAUCAUACAUCUAUUAAAACUAGGAUUUGCACUGAGAAGUAUUAGCAGAAUGUCUCUCUCUGAACAAAAUUGAUCCUCUGCUCUCAUGGAAGGGCUUGUUACAUGAUUGAUUGAGAUAAAUAUUUAAAUCAUUCUCUCUCUGAUAUAUUUCAUUUACAAGGACAAGAGUCUUUAACAGAAGUGGAAGUGAGAAAAAGAUACCCCGAAUAAUGUAAGACUGUUGAUAUGCUUACUUUUCACCUAGCGUAUAUGUGAGAUGAACACUAUGUUAUGUUUAUCUUGAUUCUCCAUGUGAUGCAAGA